CACUCUGAGUUGAACUACCUCAGGAUGUGUUUUACGUUGCUGGAUUGCAAAACAUUGCACAUACCAUGAGUAAGGACAAAUUCUCCAUAAAAAGAGAUGGCAGCCAUCCACCAACCCACACAGACCUGUAGAUCUCUCCCUGCUGAUAACUACCAGUGACUUAAACCUUCACUUAGAGGAAAGAAGAUGAAGUGCACCACCAUCUUUCUGGUGUUGUCCAUGGUGGUCCUCAUGGCUGAACCUGGGGACGCUUUCUUUGGCCACAUUUUAAAGGGAAUUGUUGGCGUCGGCAAGCACAUCCAUGGACACAUCCACGGGAGACACGGUGAAGCGAUGAGGGACCAGGACGCGAUGAGGGACCAGGAAGCGAUGAGGGACCAGGACGCGAUGAGGGACCAGGAAGCGAUGAGGGACCAGGAAGCGAUGGACCAACGAGCGUUUGAACGAGAGCGAGCGUUUGCCUGAGUCUACAAUGAUGGAGCAACCAUGAAAAUGAAAUGCUUUUUCUCCUUAAAUAAAGCAAAUAAAAUGGACUCAUCUGUGCUAACCAUUGCUUGAAAGUAGAAUGUCAUUAUUGAUUUAAACGUCAUUUGGAAUAAAUCUUCUUUGUUAUACAGCAAA